UCGAGGAAAAUUCCACAUAAAAAAAUCUCUUGCAAAAGAUAUCUAUGACCUUGCCUCUCUGAUGUAACAGAAAAUUGAGAGCUAGUUAGCUUUUCGUUUUUCAAGAGUUCACGCAAUUCACGUUACAGUCAGGAGCCAAUGGAAGCGUCAACGAACCGGUAUGCAGUCGUUACAGGUGCGAACAAAGGAAUUGGACUUGAAAUAUGCAGGCAGUUGGCUUCAAGUGGGGUUGUGGUGGUGUUAACAUCUAGAGAUGAAAAAAGAGGGCUUGAAGCAAUUCAAAAGCUCAAAGACUCGGGUCUGUCUAAUUACGUAGUUUUUCAUCAGCUCGAUGUCUCCGAUCCCUCUAGCAUUUUUGCGCUAGCAAAUUUCAUCAAGACCCAAUUCGGAAAGCUAGAUGUAUUGGUGAACAACGCUGGUGUUCCUGGAGCCAUUAUAGAUGGUGAUGCUCUAAGGGCCUCUGGUUUUGGCAAGGCAAUCGCCCAAAUCAAUUGGAACGAAAUCACGACCCAAACUUAUGAAGUAGCUGAGGCGUGUAUUGAAACAAACUAUUAUGGGGCCAAACGAAUGGUGGAAGCUCAUAUCGACCUCCUCCAACUAUCUGAUUCGCCAAGGAUAGUAAAUGUUUCAUCCAGCAUGGGGAAGAUUGAGAGAGCGUCUAAUGAAUGGGCCAGGGAAAUUCUGAGUGAUCCCGAGAACAUCACGGAAGAGAAAGUGGACGGGAUCAUGAAGGCUUUCCUCGCAGACUUCAAGGAUGGUUCGACCGAAGCCAAAGGCUGGCCUGCCUUCAUGCCCGCUUACAGCAUCUCGAAAGCAGCCAUGAAUGCAUACACUAGGAUUCUCGCAAAGAAGUACCCGAGUAUCGUCGUCAACUGUGUGUGCCCCGGAUUUGUCAAAACGGACAUCAACUUCAACACCGGCAUACUGUCGGUUGAGGAAGGCGCCGAAAGCCCGGUGAAGCUGGCACUUCUUCCAAAUGGUGGUCCUUCCGGUUGCUUCUUUGUCAGGAAGGAAGAGUCAGAAUUUUGAUAGAGGACAGUAGUCUAGUCUUCCUUGGGAAUGGAAAGUCUAUCUCAGCUAUCGCUACCGUGUGACGAACUAAAUAAUGGUCUAGUUGUAGAUCAUGGUCCUCAACAGAUUGAUAUUUCAUAUCCGACUGUUUUAGAUA